GUUUUUGUUUUGCCCUUGAUAUUUCCUGCGAUCUCUUUUUCUAUUGUUCCGUUAGCCCAGUGCCAGCGUCACCGAGCAACCACGAAUCUCCAAUUGAACCGACGUCAUGAAGACCCCCGCUUCUUUUUUCUCCUUCCUCGCCGUCGCGACUGCUCAAUCUGUGAUUGAGAGCUCUAGCUUCGGUUAUGGCCCUGCGCUAUCACGAACACCGAGUUCGGGCUUCAUUCCGGGCUGGGAAGUGAAAGGCGAGGCGCAUACCCCUGAUAUUCUGUCCAAUAAAGUCAUCCUGACGCCCCCUUACCCUGGAAAUACCAGGGGAUAUGCUUGGGCGGAGUCGCCUAUAAGCCAAACAGAGUGGACUGCGGAGUUCGAGUUCCGAGCGACAGGCCCUGAGCGAGGCGGCGGUAAUCUCCAGGUGUGGUAUGCGAAAGACGGAAAGGACAAAAUCGGGACAUCUAGUAUCUACACUGUCAACCAAUUCGACGGCUUUGCCCUCGUUAUCGACAGCCAUGGUGGAAGGGGAGGUAGUGUCAGAGGAUUUCUCAAUGAUGGCACGACGGACUACAAAAGCCAUCGAAGUGUGGACAGCCUAGCUUUCGGGCACUGUGACUACCCAUACCGCAACCUUGGCCGUCCCUCGAGCGUCCGUAUCAGACACACCAAUGCAGUUUUGGAGGUUACUGUUGACGACAAGCUGUGCUUUUCGACUGAUAAGGUCACUCUCCCGUCUGGCAACUAUUUCGGCGUCACCGCUGCAACUCCCGAGAACCCCGAUUCGUUCGAAGUCUUCAAAUUUGUCGUCAAGUCCGCCGAAUCCGGAUCCGGCAGCACUAUCCCUGAUCAACAACAGAAUGUCGCUCAGAAUCAGCAACCAGUUGCGGCCCAGGAUCAAGCAUCCCAGCAACAGCAGCAACAGCAGGAAACUCGGUCCGGUGACUCUCGCUCGGUGACUGAGCAGUUUGUCGACCUGACCGGUCGUAUCCAACUGAUCAACCAUGCCACGAACAACAUCGUCCGCGAGAUUGGUAACCAGGCAACCAAGAGCGAAAACCGUCAUGUGGAACUGCUCCAGAAGUCGGCCACCAAGGACCAAGUGGCCAAUCUUGAGGCGAGACUUCAGAAGAUGGAAGACAUCCUGCUGGCCAUCCAACGGGACCUGGAGGGCAAGGACUACCACGGCCGUUUCUCCCAGUUGCAAGAGACUCUGCGCUCCUCGCACCUGAGCUUGACCCAGGAAGUCCUAAACGGCAUCACCUCUUCCGCUCCUCGCAUGGGCUUCUUCAUCUUCUGCAUUAUCGCCUUCCAGGGUCUCCUUGCUGGUGCUUAUAUCCUCUACAAGCGCCGCCGUAACAACAUGCCCAAGAAGUUCCUGUGAGAGCCUCCUCUUCU